AUGGAGCCAGAGCCAGUUGUCGUCAAUGAAGUCAUUUGUAAUGGACGUACAAUAGUUUUGCCCAGCCUGGAAGUAGUUAAGACCAUACCCACCAUGUCGGCCGGCACCAAUGUCGAUUGGCUCCUGCACAUCUAUUUUGCCCGACGAGAUUUUGUACGCUGCAAGAGAUUAAUUGAACGUGAGCUAUAUCGCCACUUAAAUCCCGAGUAUUUGUAUUUUGUUAAGGGUUUAAUUGAACGUGACGAAGGCAACAACAUAGAGGCGCUGCGGAAUUUACAAAAGGCAUUGGAUUUGAAUAAUAAAAACAUUGAAAUUUACAAGGAAAUUGGAAAGACACUUUUCACAAUGGGCCGCUAUAAUCAAUCGCUGGCCAUAUUUCGCGAUGCCGAAGAGUUGUCCACCCGUUUGGAUCAUGAAAUAUUUCAUUUUAUUGGAGAACUGCUACUGCGCUCGGCUGCCUCCCGCAAUGAAUUGGAAAUGGCUCAGCGAGAGGAACAAGAAGCCAAAGCCUACUUCCAGAAGGCUGUACAGACGGGCAAGAAAGUGGAGAGUUUUCAGCGACUAGCGGAAAUUUUGCGUAAAGAAAAGCAAUAUCACAAGGCCAUAGAGGUGCUGGAAUCGUGUCUAUUAUUAUCACCUGAAAACACAGAUGUUUUAACGGAAAUUGGAGUUCUAUAUUUAAAGCUGAAUGAAACGCAAAAGGCAUUCGACCGUUUGCUGGAAGUCAUACAAUUCGAUAAAAAUUGCCUGAGAGGACUGAUGGCAUUUGGUGCCAUACUGCAGUCCCGCAAUGACAUCGAUGCUGCGCUGGGGAAAUACAAAGAAAUUGCUGCCAUUCAACCGGAUAUUGCCGAGCUGUGGAAUAAUAUUGGAUUAUGUUUUUUCAAGAAACAAAAGUUAAUUGUGGGAAUCUCUUCAUUACGAAAAGCAAUAUGGUUAUCUCCAUUGAAUUACAAUGCCCUCUACAACUUGAGUUUGAUUUAUAUAACAGUCUGUCUACGCAAAUUGGAGGAUUUUGAUAAUGCCUAUACCGCAUUUGAACGUGCCAGCAACAUCUCUCGUGCAUCGUCCUCUUCGUCGUCGUCCCCUCGAAAUCCUCUGAUACACUUAAAUUUUGCCCUAUUCUGCUAUGAAACUGGACGCUUGGCCAUGGCCAACGAACAAUACAAUCGUUUUGUUAGUUCGGCCCAAGACCUGGUUGCGCUGCCGACCGAAUACAAAUACCAUGGCACCAAACUGAAAUCCUUGCUAAAGAUAUCUUCAUCCUCUGUCAGCAGUCAUAUUUUAAGUCCAGAAAAUGAUGCGGCUUCUGUCAUGACUGGUUCUGGUGCACCAUACAAUCCAAUAAUCGAGGGGGGAUAUCCUGCCCCACCACCACAAGAUAAUGCCAUGCACAAUUAUGUAAAUGAUUCACAACAACAACAAAAACAAUAUGGAGAAGAUGGAGCUAUGCGUCACCAUAUUGCAGGAAGAGAUAACGGAGAAGACUACGAAUACGACAAACCUCAAUCGAAUGAAAUGCCAUUGGAAGUGAAUGCUGUGGUCAAUAACUGA